AUUCUCACUUUUCCUUUCGUGAUUUAUGGACACCACUGGAUCGAUGGAUGGAAUAAUUGCCAGAAAUAGGGCUCAUUAAAAUGUUAUAUAUCUGACUUCACUACAAUGUCCUUCUAAUAAACAACUUCAAAUAUAGAUCACUCCAGGAGAUCUGAAAGGACGUGAAGGUGAUCCUCUCUCAACAGCUGGACUCUUCUGGUCAUACCGUCACGGACAAUGUUCUCGGCAACGGGGAAGCGCUGUUUUACCAUUGAGUCUCUGGUGGCGAAGGAAAGCCCCAUUACACUAGAAGACCCUAUUCGCCCAACCGCUCUAAGCUACUCGGCGCCCGCUGACAGUUUUCUUAACGGGUACCAAAGCCCCGCAGGCCGCGCGCUCUAUCCAAACCCCGAGCUGGUGUUUUCGGAGACUGUGAACCAUGCACCUCUCAGCAUGCACCCACACCAGCUCGGCAGCGCACCCCUCCAGCACCCGCACUUCUUUGGCACGCAACAUCGUGAACCACUGAAUUUCUACCCUUGGGUCCUAAGGAACAGGUUUUUUGGACAUCGGUUUCAAGGUAAUGAUGUCUCCCAGGACACGCUGCUACUACACGGACCGUUCGCGAGGAAGCCUAAACGGAUUCGCACCGCAUUCUCGCCGUCUCAGCUGCUGCGCCUGGAACGCGCCUUCGAGAAAAACCAUUAUGUUGUCGGAGCGGAACGGAAACAGCUCGCAAACAGCCUCAGUUUAUCCGAGACUCAGGUGAAAGUUUGGUUCCAGAACCGCAGGACCAAGUAUAAGCGGCAGAAGCUGGAGGAAGAAGGCCCGGAGUGCACACAAAAGAAGAAAGGAAACCACCACAUUAACCGCUGGAGGAUUGCCACCAAACAGACCGGAUCUGAGGACAUAGAUGUCAUGUCUGAUGCUUAAGACCAACCUAAACACUGCCCAAAUGAACACACAAGACCAAGAAAAACACUAUUUAUUUAAUGUUAGUCACGAUAUUUCAGAUUCUAAACAUUCACCUUCAAAUAACAGCAGAGGACAUGACCACGUAGCCUAUGUGAUACCUGAGUUGAGGAUGAAUUUAAACAGGUCAGCAAGUAACCCAGGACCCAACACUAUAGCUGAAUAACAUGCCUCUUUUGGAGUUAUCCAAUGUUUGAGACAUGCGACACCUGUAGGAAGAGAAUAGCCUAUAUGCUUUUGCCACUUUUAGUUUUUUGAAAAUACAUA